CUCACCACCCCACUGCCCCCAUGUCCUGGAUCUCCCCACCUUCCUGGUGGCCUCCUAAGUCCCACAGCCAACUGUACCCCUCCACACCAAGAUGUCCCCCUCCUGUGGCUCUCCAGUCCUGGCUGAAUUUUGUCUUGGCCUGCCUCUUUGCAGGUAGGUCACCAAGGCCUGGAACUCAAGUCUUGAGAUCAGGACACAAAAGUGGUAUGAGUUAAGAGGGACAGAGGAGAAUCAAGAAACUAGUGACAACUAUUGACUGUGUUGGGGAUAUGCUGAUGCCCAAUGCAUUAAUUGCAAGAACACCAGCAGGCAAGACAGGAACUACCUCAAGGGAAGACAGAAGUGUCCUCAAAGGAUCUGGGGACAGACCAGAGCCGUCUCCGCCUACUUUCCUUCCUCCUCUGUCUUCCCCACCCUCACAGCAGCCCCCACCUUGUGUGCUGGCCUGUAGAGCAGAAGCCACAGAUACUUCCUGAAGGCAACAACCUCAGCUCAGAGCCCACCACCCUGUAGCUCAUCAUCAGCCUGCAACCAUGGGGAGCCAUAAGGAUUUCCGGAGCCUCCAAGCCAAGUUCCAGGCCUCUCAAUCAGAGCCUAAUGGACUUCCUAAAAAGCCCCCAAAGCCAGAGUUCAACAAACUCCUGAGUAAGUUUCCACAUCCUGAGCUAAGUGAGCAGCCCCCAAAGCCCUUGCAGCCUGAUGUCAGUGAAGCCCCUCAAAAGAUCAGUACAGCGUCCUUGAGGCCUCCGCAGCCCCAAUUUGCUGAUCUCCCCAAGAAGCCCUUGAAGCCUGAGUUUACUCAUCUCCCCAAGAAGCCCCAACAGCCGGAGUUCACUGAUCUCCCCAAGAAACCCCAGCAAACUGAGUUUACUGAUCUCCCCAAUAAGGCCUCCAAACCUGAAUUCACUGAUCUCCCCAAGAAGUUCCCACAACUUGAGUCCACUCCAUUUCUCAGGAAGCCCCUACAGCCCGAGGUCAGUGAGGCUCCUCAGAAGGUCUGGCAGUCAGAGCCCAGCACACUUGUCAAGAAGCCCCCACAACAAGAGCUCAGCAACCCCGCCAAGUCCCCUGCAGAACCCAAUCUCAGCACAUUCCCCAAGAAGCCCCCACAGCCUGAAUUCAAAUUCAGUGUGCACCCCAGGAAGCCCCAACAGCCUCAGGCUGGUAGCUUCCCAAGAAAGUCCCUACCACAACAGCCUGAAUUCUCUGAAGUCCCUCAGUUGCUUCCCUCAAAGUCUGGGCCCAGUGAGCCCCAACUCCUUUCCCCAAAGCCUGACCUCAAUACCUCACCAAAGAAGCCCCCACAGCCUCAGACUAGUGACCUCCAUAAAUUCUUGACACAGCCUGAGCUUAGAGAGGUCCUUCAAAAGACCCCCCUGGAGAAGUCUGAGCUCAGUGAACCCCAUCCCCACUACCUGCAGCCAGGCCUCAGUGCAUUUCCCAAGAAGCCCCCACAGCUUCAGCCAAGUGACCUCCCCAAGAAGGUCCUGCAGCCUGAAUUCAGUGACCUUACCAGGACUUCCUCAGAACCUGAAGUAUUUGUGCUUCCCAAGAAGCCAAGGCAGCUUGAGUUCAAAGCACUUUCCAAGAUGACCCCAAAGGCAGAGCUGGGCAGUCUCCCCAGGACCUCCUCAGAACCAGAGUUCAGCUCAUUGCCCAAGAAGUUUCAGCAGCCUGAGCGCCAAGGGCCACCUCGCAAGUUCUCCCAGCCUGAGCCCAACGAUCUGCCCAAGAAGCACCUACAGCCUAAAUUCUUCAGGGAUCUUUCCAGAAAGCCCCCACUUUUGGGCUCAGUUUCUGAGAGCUCACUGCCCUCUGCCACCUUGGGCUCCAGCCCCCGGUACCCACUCAGCCCUGGAUUUGGAGCCACUAGGGCACCCCGCUGGAGGUCAGAAGACUUCAAAGCUCACAACCCACCCCAGCGGAGGCCACUGCCCCCAGCCAGCAUCCUGGGACCACCUCCAGCCAAACCCCCACUGCCCCCAGUCCCCAUGGAUAUUCAGAGCUUUCGGAGAUCCUCAGCAGCAUCCACAGCUCUGCGGAGGACUCGCUCAUCCGCUGGGACCCACUUCCUGGCCCAACAACCUAAAGACUUCCCAUGGGACCCGGACGAGACUUAUGAGCUAUAUGACAACGUAGAGCCCACGGAGGACUCAGGCCCCAGCCCCAGCGGCAGAGAUGAAGUGCUGUGUGCUCAGCAAGCCACCAGGAGGCACUCACAGGACCCAGAGCUCAGCACCCCAAUUCUUGGGGGGAUGAGGAAGGAGAAGGCCCCACAGACACAGCAGUUGCCACCUACGGAUCCAAAGCUGCUAAAGCAGAUCAGGAAAGCAGAGAAAGCUGAGAGGGAGUUCCGGAAGAAGUUCAAGUUUGAAGGGGAGAUUGUGGUUCACACAAGGAUGAUGAUUGACCCCAAUGCCAAGACCCGUCGUGGAGGUGGCAAACAUCUGGGAAUCCGGCGUGGAGAAAUUCUGGAGGUGAUCGAGUUCACCAGCAAGGAGGAGAUGCUGUGUCGGGACCCCAAGGGCAAGUAUGGCUAUGUGCCCAGAACAGCUCUUCUGCCACUGGAAACAGAGGUGUAUGAUGACGUCAGCUUCUGGGACCCUUUGGAGAGUCAACCAUUUCCCCAAGGACAGUAGGGCCCUCAGGUGAGGCCCAGAACAGCCUGCCAGCCCAGCUACCCACUAACCCAGGAGCCUGGAUUCCAGUUUGACAGACAGAGCUGCCCAGAUGCAUGUGUGACCACAUAAAGCCUCUCUUUAAAGCUUC